ACGUAGGUACCGAGCCUGUGGACCGCAGCUGACCAAUUCCCCUACUGUGAUUGUCAUGGUCGGACUCCCAGCAAGGGGAAAGACUUAUAUGUCCAAGAAGUUGACACGCUACCUCAAUUGGAUUGGUGUCCCCACAAAAGUUUUCAACGUUGGGGAGUACCGCCGGGAAGUGGUAAAGGAGUUCAGUUCUUAUAGCUUCUUUCAUCCUGACAAUGAAGAGGCCAUGAAAGUUCGGAAACAAUGUGCAUUAGCUGCCUUGAGGGAUGUCCAGUUGUAUCUGAAAGAAGAAGGUGGUCAGAUUGCAGUAAGUUAAGAUAGCAGUUGUCCUUCUGUCUCUGAUCCCAC